UAUCCGCAAAGGCAAAGCCGUGCCCCAACCGUAACGGCUCUAUGCUAACGGUAACGGGACUAUUUUUUUAAAAUCAUUUGUUUUACACGACUGACGAUUGGCUGGAUAGGAUCGCGUCGCGUGGCGCGUGGAGCUCUGCGCUGUUGGCGCUUCGGUUCGAACAGCGGAGACGAGCCUAGAGGUGAUUAACUGCGCAGCUGGUGCACUCCAUGUGCUUGGUGGAACGUUGCUGUCAGCUCCUGCAACAUUGCUUGUGCUCUCGGGGACAGCACUGCUGACAACACCAUUGAGCCUGACCUUCACUGAAAAUUUCAAGCGCUAUUGGCGAGACUCAUAGCAGAUUUGAUGGAGAAGCCAAUCAAGGAGGCCUCGCAGCAACCAACACUGCCCCAUCCCAACAGACUCCCAGCUCCAAAGGUGUCGGCUUAUGAGGUCUCUGAGCUGGUGUUAGAAAAGCGAUUGCGCUUCCCAAUAAAUUUUCUUUUCUGGGCCAAGGACCUCGUUUUCUACCUCAACAGCCAGCUAGAAGGGGCACCUGCUGCUGAGUCACAGCCCCCAUUUGAAGGACGACCAGCUGGGUUCCCCCUUAAUGAGCUGGCUGCAAAGGUACGACGCCAACUGGAGGACAUUAUAGGGGGAACUAAUGACGAGGCUCGCUCCCACCUCUGGGACCACUGCCUAAAUGGUGCCCUGCAGGCACUGGCGGCCCCCUCUGGUGGCCAAAAUACCGGCAGUUGCAAUGUAGUUGGCUACAUGGUCUGUCUGCAGCUGCUCGCUUCGAGACACCCACACAUAGUCACGAAUGCCUUGCCGAAGCUGCGGAACCUGCGAUCACAACAUGAGGGACGUCCCAUGGCAUGCCUGGCCCUGCUGUGGGCUGCCUCCCAGGCAGGACUGUCCAGCCUUAGUGCAGGACUGGCCGUGUGGCUGGAACUGCUGAUGCCUGUGGUGGGGAAGCGGGCGUACGCCCCGCAUGUCAUCGACAUCUUGUCGGAGCUGCUCUCUCGCCACCCUGCUUCAAAGAAUGGCGAUGAAAACGCUGGCCGUGCCUGUAACCUUGGCGUGCGAUCUCUGUUCCCAUUGCUGGAUGCGGUGUACGGCGUUGGGGGCCGCCUGCCGCUAUCGCCGGAGCGAGAGCGUGCUCUGCGGGACCAGUUGUAUCCGCGGAUACGUGAUCUGUGUUAUGCGGCUGAUCCUAGCCGCAGUGCUUACUUCCCUUCGUACCUGCGUCGACUCGGUAGUGGCUCGGCUCAGCUCAAUGCUGAGCUCCUGACCAGUCUGGAGGAGUGCCUCUGCCGGGACCCCGAGUGCCUAUCGGUGUGGCGGCAGCUCUUUGAGCGCCACGCGCCUCAGUCCAUGCUGCUGGUGCAGCACCUGGAGACAAAGGAUGCCUGGCGCCGCUUGCCUUGCCUGACACAGCGUCCUCCGCAGGCCACCCUGAUCUCCUGGCGCUCUACCACACCGACAUCGGAGGGUGCCCUCAGGGACGCCCUCACCCAGUGCCAGAGCACGGCCAGCAAGCUAGAGGAUCUGGCCACCCUGUACCAGAGCCUGCAGAAGGCUGCCAUCUCUGCAGAGCAGAAUCCAGUUGCCGAGAGACAGGCAUUCGCCGUCCAGCUGCUACAUGGGGUGCCUGACUUCGAAGAAGGGGACUUCGAGGACCCUACCAUGGGUGUCCCGUAUGCACAGGAGAUCUUCGACUACCUGGCAUACCUUGAGGAAAGGUGGCCUAUAAAGACGGGAUUUCUCCAGGUGCAGCCAACAGUGACUCCCGAGAUGAGGUCCACCCUCAUCAACUGGUUGAUGCAAGUACACUGGCACUACCGCCUGUACCACGAGAUUCUCUUCCUUGCAGUGUCACUCAUUGACAGAGUUUUGCAGGAAAAGCGUGUGAGCCGUCGCAAGCUUCAGUUGCUCGGCGUGUCAGCCAUUUUUCUUGCCAGCAAGCUGGAGAUGACGUGGCCGCCCGCAGUUGACGACUUGAUCGCUACCACCGGCAAUGCGUACGAGAGAGAAGAAGUGUUGUCAAUGGAGCGGCAAAUCCUUUGUACGCUCGACUGGUCCCUGGGGCGACCCUCGCCCCUGCAGUUCCUGCGCCGAAGCUGUCAGAAAGCACAGGCUAACUUUGUGGAGCACAACCUGGCCAAUUUUGUGCUGGAGCUGUGCCUGCUGGACUACCGCAUGGCAUGGGUGCCACCCUCGAAGCAGGCUGCUGCGGCCCUCUGCCUCUCACUGCGAUUGUUCGACAAGGAGGGCGAGAACAGCUGGGGUGCCCUGAUGGCCCACUACGGGCGCUACACGGAAGAGGCCCUGCAGCCCACCAUCAAGCGCAUGGCGGAACUUCUCCUCGAUGCACCAGAAAGCAUCCACAAGGCGCCGUACAAGAAGUACAAGCACACGCGGCUGGGACGUGUGAGCGGAGUGACAGUGACCCAGGCUGCCAAACUCCGUCUGAUGGCCGGCCGGUCCUGCGGAAAUGCAGAAGAUUUCAGUUUAAGCAGUCUUUUUCAGCGAAUACUUUUUUUUUUCUACAGCUUUGCAUGGAGAUCGCCUGUGCAGGAAAUGGCAGAGCCCGCGAAAUCACACUGAGCCACUGUAUGCUAGUACUACCACAUGGAUCUUUCUGCCACUGAUUAUCCCUCUUGCACACUUCUUUUUUUCACCUGACUGCAUCAAAAAUAUGGACAUUAAAGUACAGUCUAGUGCA